UAUUAUUUAUGUGUAUUUUUGUAUCAGGUAAUCUACUGUAACCAAGCUUGCCAAAAGAUGCACUGGUUUACCCACAAGAAAGUCUGCAAAAUACUCAAAGAGCAGAGAGAGAAGCAAGAGGCAGAAUCAGCCGAACUAAGGAUGCAGCAGAGCAAAGAAGAGAGUAACGCCCUCCAGGAGGCCACAGACUCUAUGCAGGAGAUGUCAGUGGAGAGUGACAGUGACGGCGUCUUCUCUUCCACCUCAGCAGACACUAUAAACUCCAGCCCCGUCGCAACUGGUGACAACUAAGGAAAGUGUUCGAGAAGACAUCAGCAGAGAUGAGACGCCUGUGCUCCGCAAAUGUCUCUUCUACAAUACAACACGAAUACACAAAAAUGGCAAAUUGGUGGGGAGACUGACGCCAGACUGCUCCCUAGUCUGUGCGGUCAUGCUGUCGUUCGCAUGAGACAGCCACCGUGGCAGAGCGGCGUGUAAAGCGUCCAGCGAAGGUUUGUGCCACAGCAGUCAUCGGUUUUUCUUUUACACAUGCAAAUUUUUUAGACUGUAUUGUCAAAAUAAAUGUGUAAAUUGUGUAGACUGUUGUGUUUAUGAUGGUCACAGGGAG